AUGGACGACUCAAAAUCUGCAUCGUCCUUUCCUCCUUCUGCCAAUGCUCCAAUAGAUAUUAAAAUCAAUCCAGUCUCUAUUAAUGGCGAGCAAGAAAUUGUUCGACAGCAGCAAGACUCGCUGCAAAGUCUUGAUACUUCCGGCGCUGGGCGAUUCGGCUACCUCCGUUUAUUCAAGUACUCGACAGCCACAGACUACUUCCUCAUCCUCAUAGGAACCCUCUCUGGACUAGCCGCCGGGCCACCCCUUCCCAUCUUGGGAAUCGUUUUUGGGGAACUGAUCAACGAGUUUGCAGAAAUCAAAGAAGGCGAACCGCUAUCGCCAGAAGCUUCGACCAACUUCAAAAACACUGUCAAUUUGAAGCUCCGCAUCCUCUUAGGUGUAACAAUUGCGUUUUUCCUCUUUACUUACAUCUGCUCAGUGUGCUGGAGCAUGAUUGGAGAGCGCAUCACUCGAAAGCUAAGGGAAGAGUACUUGAAGACAACAUUAGGUCAGGAUAUUGCAUACUUUGAUACAACGACCCCCGGUGAAGUUACCAACCGUAUGACGGCCGACAUUCAGACAAUUCAAAACGGAACGUCAGAAAAGGUCGGACUUUACCUGCAAUCCAUCGCAUACUUGAUCUCAGCCUUUGCAGUGGGAUUCGCCAAGAACGCCCGUCUGACCGCCAUACUCCUCUGUGUUGUCCCCGCUUUCACUCUCGUUGUAACGCUCUGCACCAAUUUCAUUGAGAAAUAUGCAAUUCGUGCAUCAGACUGCCAGUCCAACGCCGGGUCGUUGGCGGAAGAAAUGUUUUCGAAUAUCCGUGUUGUCCAAGCCUUUAACUCGCAAAACAGGCUUGCUGGUGCAUACACUGGGUAUCUCGAUAUAGGAAAAAAAUGGGGGGUAAAGAAAGCAGUCGCCGGUGCCGUCAUGUUGGGUGGCAUAUUUUUCGUCGCUUAUUGCGGGAAUGCGUUGGCUUUCUGGCAGGGGGCGGAAAUGAUUGUGCGAGACAGCGUGGAGGGUGCAGGAACGGUGUAUACAGUUAUUUUUCUAGUCCUGGAUAGUUCCCUUGUAGUCGGCGAAUUUGCACCAUUUAUUCAGACGUUUUCCUUCGCCGCGGCCGCCGGCAGUCGCCUAUUUAGCGCCAUUGAUCGAACGCCCGCUAUCGACUCUUCGCCCAACGCUGGCACACCGGUGACAGACUGUCUGGGUGAGAUGGAACUGAAAAGUGUAAAGUUUGUCUAUCCAAGUCGGCCAGACGUUACCGUGUUGGAUGGUGUCUCGAUGAAAAUACCACCUGGAAAGAUUACUGCUAUUGUAGGGGCUUCGGGUUCGGGAAAGUCAACCAUUGUAUCCCUUUUACAAAGGUUUUACGAUCCUGUUAACGGGACUGUCUUACUUGAUCAUCAACCACUCCCACGUUUGAACGUUCACAGUGUCCGCCGCCACAUGGGAGUCGUGAUGCAAACCCCCACGCUCUUCCAAGCGUCGAUUCUUGACAACAUUGGGCACGGACUCAUAAAUACACCCUUUGCAAAUGCAUCUGCAGAAUUCAAGGAAAAAAUGUGUUUGGAAGCAGCAAAAAUUGCGAAUGUGGACGAGUUCAUCAAGGGAUUACCCCAAGGCUACCAGACGAUUGUCGGCGAAGGAGGAGCUGGGUUAAGUGGAGGGCAAAAGCAGAGGAUUGCUAUCGCUAGGGCAGUGGUUGGCAAUCCGAGAAUCCUUCUAUUAGAUGAGGCAACAUCUGCACUCGACUCUCGCAGUGAAAGACUGGUCCAGCAGGCACUAGAUCGUGUUUCAAAGCAAAGGACAACAGUCGUUGUUGCACACCGCCUGGCGACAGUGAAGAAUGCGGAUAACAUUAUGGUCAUGUCUAACGGCAAAAUUGUGGAACAAGGAACGCAUAAUGAGCUUAUGCGCCGUCAGGGAGCAUACUAUGACCUUGUGCAGGCUCAGUCUUUUUCAGCCUCCGGCUUGAACGAUGAUGGGGACCUUUCUAUCAAUAAAAUUCUCCACACAUUCGAAGCAUCAGCAAGCACGGAUGAGAUUACCGUUGUAAAAGAGCCAGAUGAAACUGAUUGCAAGAUCUUGGAAGUAGACAAAGAAGCAAAUCAACCAGGAUUGGGAAACAAGAUUGGGCGUAUUGGUACCUCAAAGCUAAUGCGACGUGUGGCGAGGAUGAGCAGUCCCGAAACAAAGUGGAUCAUCAUUGGCCUUCUGGCAUCCGUAAUUAUUGGGAGCGCCUCGUCAGUGGAAGCAGUGUUGUUUGCAAACUUGGUUGAUUCUUUGAGCUUGGACGGAGAUCCCGAUCAUGUUCUCAGUCGAGCAAAGUUUUAUAGUGCUCUGUUUCUCGUCUUCGGCGUUGCACAGUUUGUUGCCUACUUUGUUAGUGGAGCUGCGUUCGGUUGGGUCUCGGAAACUAUGGUACAUCGCGUGCGAGCCAAAGUAAUUCGCAAUCUGCUUCGUCAGGAUAUCGAGUUCUUUGAAUCAGCGGAAACCUCGCCCAGCACCAUCACUGCCACCCUCGACUCGGAUGGCAACCAUUUUAGCGGCCUUACUGGCGUUGUUAUUGGCACUGUCUGUUCCAUUAGCACGAAUAUGAUUAUUUCUGUCGUGCUGGCACUCGUUGUGUCAUGGAAGAUUGCAAUUGUGAUUCUUACGGCUGUUCCGGUGAUGUUGUGUGCUGGGUAUCUUCGGGUGAAAAUCGUGGAGGAUUUCUAUGAACUGCACCAAACAGCAUAUGUCCGAUCGUCUGCCAUUGCAAGUGAAGCUGUCGGAGCCAUUCAAACUGUGGCAGCCCUCGGAAGGGAGGCGGAUGUCCUUCGCCAAUACCGUUCACUGUUGCGCGAAGCUUAUGCAGGGUGUUUGCGCACCAUUAUGAAGGGGAACUUUUGGCUGGCAUUCGCAUAUACGGUUUCCUACCUUCUCUAUGGACUUGCAUACUGGUGGGGUUCACGGCUCGUUAGUCAAGGGGAAGCAACUUCAAAACAGCUCUUUGUCGUCCUACCGGCACUUCUCUUCAGCGCACAAACGUGUGGUCAAAUGUUUUCAUUGGCUCCUGAUAUCACCAAAGCCAAGCUCGCAGCGGUCAACAUCUUUCGUAUACUGGACAUGCGGCCAAAAAUUGACACCGAAUCUGACACAAGCAAUUCACUCUAUAACGAAGUGGCAGGAGCUGGUAGUGUCGAGCUAAAUGAUGUACGGUUCAGCUACCCCACCAACCCCGACACCGAGGUGCUAAAAGGGCUAAGUUUACGGGUUGAGGCUGGAUCUUUUUGUGCGCUCGUGGGCGGGAGCGGAUGUGGGAAGAGCACUGUUCUUGGCCUUAUCGAGCGCUUUUAUGAUCCCUCAAGUGGAACAAUCCUGGUCGACUCCAAAGCAAUUUCUACACUACCUAUUCGCUCUCAUCGCCAUCGCAUUGCACUGGUGAACCAAGAACCGGCGCUUUAUCAAGGAUCCAUCGCCUUCAAUAUCCUUCUUGGCACAGAUCGGGACGAUGCGACGCAGGAUGAUGUGAUUAGGGUAUGCAAAGACGUUGGCAUGCAUGACUUUAUCAUGUCCUUGCCAGAUGGAUAUGACACAGACUGUGGGGGAAAGGGUGCAAGGUUAAGUGGGGGACAACGCCAAAGGAUUGCAAUCGCAAGAGCAUUAAUUCGCGACCCACAGAUUCUCCUCUUGGAUGAAGCAACAUCUGCGCUAGAUUCUGAAAACGAAAAGCUCGUCCAAGAUGCAUUAUCCAAGGCUUGCAUUGGCCGUACGACUAUUGCUAUCGCACACCGCCUUUCGACCGUGCAACAUGCUGAUCAGAUUUUUGUUCUCGAGGAGGGCCAGGUCGCGGAGCAGGGGACGCAUGCAGAACUCAUGACAAUCAAAGGAAAAUAUUGGGCUAUGGUUGAGCAGCAAACGAUAGACAUGAGAGGGACCAGCUAGAACA